ACCUCUAUAGCUGAAUUUUUUCUACUGUUAGGAAUUAUAACAUAAAUAUUUGCAGGAUAUCUGAUAUGCAGCCCCAAGGUGGUAGAGACCCACAGGUUGAGAACCCCUGCUCUAGCGCAUCAUUCUGCACAUAGUAGGGAUGCUUGAAACAGUCCAUCUGCAUCCUCACAGCUCAAAGGCAAGUCUUGCUGGCACCCUCAUUCUACCAACGAAGGGACUGUGGACAGGGAGGACAUCUAGUUAGUGAGGGGAAGGAUCAGGAAAGGAACCAAACCAGAGCCUGUUGUUUUAGUUCUUGGUCUCACAUCACUUGUCCCAUGAGUCAAGCUUGGUGCUUUCAGGAAGCCAGCUUCCUGAAUUUGGGGCUUCCCCACUGGAGGUAGAAGGACCAUGGCUGUGCAUGGACUGCUUGAAGCAGCCACAAACAGUAGAGCUGUGAUGCUUCUUGCAGUUCACUCCAAGGGGACAUGAUUUUCCAGGUGGAGGUAGCCAAGAAAAGAGAUGUAGGCAAUGGCAGGUACUGCAGGGACAUUCAAGGCUUUGGGUAAUGAGGAACUGGCUGGGUUCUGAGUGAGCUUCAGUCAGGACAUUAGAUGUAGAGGGAAGUCUAGCCCACCACAUCAGGUCCAGUUCUCAUGAAGGCUGUAACAGAUCAGACCUGGCCCAGCCAUGCACAAAGGGGCGGGGCCCUACCUGUGGUGGGGAGUGUGUUGGGGAGUGUACUUAGUGAAGUGUGUGUGGGUUCUUUGUGCUGAGACACUGCAUUCCUGCAGGCCUGGCUUCCUGUUUCUAGAUGCAUUCCUGCCCUAGUCACCACGGAUACUGCUGCUUGGAAUCUGGGCCCCACAUUUUCCAAAUUCAGGGCAAAAUCAGGCAAAGGAUCAUCCUGUUUUACUUCCCCACAGUUUCACCUUGGGGGCGGGAGCCGCCUGGCUUGGCUGGGAAGCUUGCUUCCCUUGAUCUUCUUGGACUUGGAGAAGGCAGUACAGCCAGGCCCAGCAUCCUGUUUCCCUCGUGUUUAAAGGACAGGGAUGGGGGUGGGGUGAGGCAGCCAGCAACCCUGGGAACUCACGCUGCAGGAAAAGGGCUUGACCUAAACAUCAAGGUUCUGAAGAUGACAGAGGACCGCAACUCCAGCUCUCAUCUUGCAUCUGAGCCGGGGGAGGGGGAAGGAGGGAGCUCAGUUUCCCAACUUUAUAGUACUAAUAUUUGAUUGUUGGUGGCUCUCUGACAGAGAAACCAGUGGAGAGCUUUUGGGGAUGGAAUCUAGGAAGAAGCAAGGAGAGUGGCGGAAGACUUCCACUGACUUCCAGUCACCCUUAUCUGCCUCUAGGGUGUUUGAGGCCAGCUGAGAUUUUCCAGUCCUUAUUGGCUUCUGAGAAAGGGGAUGUUUCCCUAGAAGCCCCAGUACCAUCUGGUAGUUGACCAUCAGCUGCUGCCUGGGCUCCUUUUAUAAUGGGGUUGAGGUGGAGUGGGACCAGGCCAAGGGUGGUGGCCGCUGGGGUCAGGGAAACAUUUAAACUUCUGCUUAGCCUCCAGGCUGUGGUUCACCUCUUGCUCACACACUGCAGACCCAGAUAAGACAAGAGGUUUGGGCUGGGUAAGGGGUUCAUAAGUAGCUCUGGACACAAGUGCCUUGCAGUGAGUACUCGGUAGGUUUUCCGAGGGCACAGAACCCUUUCCCCUUUCUGAGGGUCCUGCCCUCAAGUCAUACAGCUGUGAGGCCGGAUACACUCUUAAUCUGCCUUCUUCCCUCCGCCAGCACUGUGGGGUUCCAUUUCCUUCCGGGCUGUUGUGAGUGCAGCUCUGCAGCAUUAGUCAGGUUCCAAGCUGCAGCAGCAGGAACAUGAGCAACGCGAGCUGUGUGUGUGUGUGUGUGUGUGUGUGUGUGUGUGUGUGUGUGUGUGUACCCCGCUCAGCCAGCCCGCUAUAGUCCUUGAGUGGGUACACUCUCCUCCAAGAGCACUGAAUUGAGAGACUGAAUUGGGGUACUUCUGCUGCUAGGUCUAGGGGGAUAAGAUGCCUAGGGAACGCAGUUUCCAGACUGACGUUGCUUGGGUCAGCGCCCUCCACCUGCGUGCCGCGCCCCGCCCCGGCCCGCCCCCCGCGGGGAGUGUCUCGGGACCACGCCCAGCUGGGCAGGGACCGGCGGGUUGAGCUGCUUGAGCGCAACUAGGGACUUGGAGGACGCCCGGGAUCACUCCGGUGCUGUUGCAGUGGUUUCCGCGUCUGAAACACGCCAUGCUGAGCCGUCGCCGCGUCUUUGCGGUGGAGCAACUUGGCGGCCGGGAUGGGGCCUUUGAGGACCUGGCACAAGGCUGUGUGGUGCCAGGAGUCACUUGCACCUACAGACGGAUACCAGACAAAACUCACGGGUGUUCAUUGGACUUCAGGGAGGGACGGAGUGAGCUGAGAGGUCUGGAGAGACAGAUGCCACUUCUGAAAUUGGCUUCCCAGGACUCAGGCAUGGAGAUGGUGGUUGGGGACAGCUCCUUGGCUACCUUAUCAGGACUUUCUCAAGAUUCUCUAAACCUUGAGCCCAUGGGGAGCCCUGAGCUGCCUCCUGCCCCACUAGACCGGCUGCUGGCCAGACGAAAGCUGGAACAGGUGCUGGAGAGGUCUCGAGAGUUUCCCAGCUUGUCUGGGCGGCAUGGCUCCCUGCAGCUACAGAACAAGCCUGUAGGUGGAGUGUCCAUCUUUGUAGGAGAACAGGAGUCCACUGAGGCAGAUACUGAGCUAGAGGCUAGUCUGGAAGAAGCAAAGGAGGUGGGUAGUAUGGAGUCUGGAGCCUCUACCUGCCUCCCCGGACAGGGCUUGCGUUACCUGGAACACCUGUGCCUUGUGCUGGAGCAGAUGGCCAGGCUGCAGCAGCUGUACCUGCAGCUGCAGACCCAGAGACCCUCUAGGGAUCCUGAGGAGGAAGAAUUGGCUCCAGUUCUUUCAUCAUCACAUAUCCCUGACAAUAGGGUCCAGGGGCACAGAGAGGAGCUGAGCCAGACAAAGGAUCCAGGUGCAGAGGCAGCUUCACUCCCACAGGUGGGUGUGCUUGUUGACAGCCCCUCCAGUCUGCCAGAGGCCUUGCUGGAACCAACCCACAUCCUUCCACCCUCCCAGGAACACAAGCAGGAUCUCUCCCACUGGGAUAAGGUCAAGGUUCUGCUCAAUCGGAUCCGUUGGAGGAGCCCUCGACUUCCUGAGCCUCCUGUUCCCCCUGAUAGUUCUGGACCCAGUCUGACUUUCCUUUGCUUUUCUAUAGGAUGGAGUUCAGGAAUCUCUCUGAAAGGACUCCAGGCCAUUCCCAACGGAAGAUCUUUAUUCCAACAUUGGUCGUUAAGAAGCCACGAGCAAAAAAUCUUUCUGUAUGACCUCUUGGCACCUGAGUGGAGAGGAUUUGCCAAGAAGUCCCUCACAUUUUGGCUUACUGCUGCUUCUCUGCACUGCCAGGAGAAGCGAUUGGUGCUUUCUCCUCUUCACGGUGAAGGCCAAGUCCUUCUCUAAGCAUCGAGGCAAAGAGCCCUGGUUUCCCAAGAGGCACUCAAGUGCAGUUUCAGCACUCUUCCCGGGCUCUUCCUCUUUGUCAUAAAGCUCUGGGCUUAAGCAAAGUGAACUGACUUAUUUAUCAGGUACUCACAGAGUAUGUUAGUAUGGGAAUGUGUCUGCAUGUUGCAGAUGUAUGUCUAUGCUAUCUUUGUUGGACUUUUGACUGCCUGAAUCCAAUCAUCUGAUGGAAUAAUUUGUCCAAAGGGUUGGUGUUUUGGGUGUCACUGGAAGGAUGGCACUGAUCUUCAUUCCACAAUGAACAGUUACUGAUGUGGAUUUCUUCCUCAUACCGGAGACAGCAGCCCUAGGACCAAGAACAACACUGCCUUGGGUACCUUUGUCAUAAGUCAUGGCUCUGGAGCACAGCCCUUGAAGACUGAAUGAGGAAUUGGGGGGGGGGGCAGAGAUCAUGACCAUUGUGAGGAACAACAUAUAAUUUGCAAGGUCAACUCUAAGAUGCUGUGUUGUAUCCUGGAGUUUAGACCAUAGCAAAGUCUCUUAAUUUCUGAGCCACAGCUUCCUACUUGGGAUGAUGCCUGCCUUACCUACCUCAUAAGCUUGUUAGGAGAUAAAGUAACAUUAAACCUUC